UGAGACGGGGCUGAGCAGGCGUAAGUUAGUUGGAAUACUUCUGAUGACCCAGCAGGACAUAGACUCGGCUAACUCUUCCAACUUAUCUUUGGAUUUUUAAUAAUAAUAUCAAUACAUAAAAAUAAUGGACAAAUCGAAUGACACGACGCUUGUGCAUCUGUUGACUUCAACUGAAACUGUCCCUUUUUUUCUGAACAGUGAAAGCUAAAAAGUACCAUAAAACACGUGGGAAGUAUGUGGUCCGAUAGAGUUAGUUGUUGGUUCUCGACCAUAGUCUUUUCCUUUAUUGCUCAUCCGAGAGGAUUGUUUUCUACAGCUGUGCCAGUUUUCCAUGCUCUUGUCGGAGGAAAAGUGGAACUACCGUGUGACCUGAAUUCAACAUCACUAGAAGACGACAUAUCGUUGAUACUAUGGUACAGGGGUGAAUCAGGUAAUCGUCCUAUAUAUACCAUCGAUGCGAGGGAAACAUUUCUCAACGAAGCCAGACAUUUCCCAAGAGAAGAUUAUCAAAAAAGAUCCCACUACAAUUCUUCUGUAUCUCCAUCUAUCUUGAGAAUUGAAUACCUGAGGAAGGAAGAUGAAGGGCAAUAUAAGUGCAGAGUGGAGUACAGGCGAGCCAGAACAGAAACACAAGAUGUUCUAUUAAAAAUCACUGUGCCUCCGAGAGAAGCAAUCAUAAUGGAUGAGUUUGGCCAACACCUUCACGGCAUCAUCGGACCGUACAAUGAAGGAUAUCCUCUAUCUCUAAUCUGCGAGGGUGAAGGAGGAGACCCUCCUCCGAAAGUCACAUGGUGGAAAGAUUCGAUUCUAAUAGAUGAUACAUAUACACUCACACCUCAGCACUUCACCAGGAAUGAAUUACACUUUUCUACUAUCCGCCGAUCUGAUCUGAUGACAGUUCUUACUUGCCAAGCAACCAAUUCCAACUUUACAGCUCCAGUUACUAGUUCUGUCACUUUAGAUUUAAAUUUGAGGCCUUUAGACGUAAGGAUCCAUACUGCCUAUCGUCCCGUAUCUGUCGGACAGGAGGUGGAAUUGGUGUGCCAGUCGCAAGGUGCACGACCCCCAGCACAAAUAUCCUGGUGGAAGGGAACCGAAAAACUCACCCAAGUGAGGGAAACAACCAUUCGAGAAGACAACCUAACAAUCAGUGUCUUGACCUAUGUGCCUACCAUUAGUGACAACGGGAGGAAUCUGUCGUGUCGUGCAGAUAACCCUCAGCUGAGAGACAGCGAAAUAGAAGACGUCUGGUUCCUCGAUGUUUAUUAUCCUCCUCAGCUUACUUUGUCACAUAAUUUAUGGAAAGACAUGGAAGCUGUCACUGAAAAAAGCGAUGUCACAUUGAUAUGCCAUAUCCAAGCUAAUCCGCCCAUAUCAGAAGUGAGUUGGAGAUUCAACGGAAAGUCUUUGUUUAGUAGUCCAUCAUUAGGAGUAGUGAUAAAGAACCAUACCCUAUUGCUAUCUCCCGUGGAGAAAGAACAUCAAGGAUAUUAUCAAUGUCGAGCAGAAAACGUUGAAGGAAAAGGAAACAGUCAGGAUUUGUUUCUGAAGGUUCAUUAUGCUCCCAAAUGUAUGUCACCACGUCAUUCAGUUUAUGGUGUAAUUAGGAGUGAAGCUGUUAGUGUGACGUGUGAUGUAGAUGCCGAUCCGACAGAAGUCACGUUCAAAUGGGCAUUAAACAGAUCAGCACAAGACAUUCAGCCUAUAGAUUCGUUCAAAUCAAAUGGGACUAGAAGUAUUGCGACAAUAAUUCCAGAAGAUAAUUUGGGUUUUGGUAUUCUUUUAUGCUGGGCAUCAAAUUCUGUCGGUCUUCAGAAGGAACCUUGCAGUUUUCAAAUUAUUCCAGCGGGACCUCCUGAAGAACCCAAGCAUUGCAUUUUAGCAAAUAGAACAAUACAGUGUUUAGUAGUGCAGUGCGAAGCCGGAAACGAUGGUGGAUUAACACAAUUGUUCCAUCUUGAAAUCUUCGUAACAGAAUCACAUCAUCUGCAAGCCAAUGUAUCCAUUUCAGAUGUACCAGUUUUCACCAUUUGCAAUCUUCCAACUCAAACAUCAUUCCUUCUUGUCAUAUAUUCAGCAAAUGCCAAGGGAAGAAGUAAAUCAGUAGCUUUGAGAUCUAGCACACUUUCUCAACAAAGCACAGCAGAUCCUCCUCAGCUUACUUUGUCACAUAAUUUAUGGAAAGACAUGGAAGCUGUCACUGAAAAAAGCGAUGUCACAUUGAUAUGCCAUAUCCAAGCUAAUCCGCCCAUAUCAGAAGUGAGUUGGAGAUUCAACGGAAAGUCUUUGUUUAGUAGUCCAUCAUUAGGAGUAGUGAUAAAGAACCAUACCCUAUUGCUAUCUCCCGUGGAGAAAGAACAUCAAGGAUAUUAUCAAUGUCGAGCAGAAAACGUUGAAGGAAAAGGAAACAGUCAGGAUUUGUUUCUGAAGGUUCAUUAUGGACAAAUUGUUCCAGCAUCCGAGAAAAGUAUUUGCGGAUUUACAAAUAACGAAUGCCAAAAAGCGAGACUUUGUAGUGGUGAAUCUGCAGAUUGUGGUCCGUUAAUACCCGAACCUCAAGGUUUUCCUUGCGCUUAUAACACACGUGCGUGUAGGUAUGGCUUUUGUCUCAAUACGCCCUGUAUUGAAAAUCAAUUACAGGUAAGUUGCAAAGGUGAAGGAAGAACAUACCGUGGUGACUUGGAAAAAUCACAGACACAUUUAAUGAAAGAAUGUAAAGACUCACGAUUAACAGGAAGUCAAGGACCAGAUAUUAUUCCAGAAAAGAAUUAUUUUCAAGAAAGAUCCGAAAUCACUACAAGAGAUUCAAUCAGUGAUGCAGAUGCGAGCCCAAAGAUGACAAAAGGUGAACCACCACCAGCUAAGUACGAUAAAUAUCAAACAAUUCAAUACGGGGAGGAACCAGAGAUAGUUCUAUCGACUCCUCGAAAAUUACGCAUGUUACAAGAAACAGAAGGAGAGAUGGAAGAAUGUGGGAUUACUGUAGAAACUCCUCUAAUCAACGAUGUACAACUCGGAGUCACGCAUUGGGGUGAUGCGUAUAAAGAAGUAGGAGUUCUAUCGACGCCCGUGUGAUUCAGCCAUCUGCUUCACAAACCAGAGGAAAGAAUUAUUUGGCGAGAAGUCAAGGCGACAACCACAAGAGUCCUGCGGUGCCUCAUCCUUAUCACUGUACAUUUGUGAAUUUAUCGAGAACGUCGCCAGAUACAAGACUUGGAAAAUACCUAAAUCGUGACCACAAAAAACCACUCAAGCCAUUUAAAACGAUUGCUGUAGUUGCGUCUGUUUCAAGUAUAAAUGUAUAUUAAAGUGUCUGUUGAUCUUCAGAGUGCAUAAAAUUCCUCCAGAUCAACAUAUACAACAUUCCUAUUAUAAUAUAAAAAAAAGGAAAAAAAAGUUUCAUUUUUUACUGAUUUUCUGUGAUGAUAAAUCAAAAAAAUCUCCUCCAAUUAUUUAUAUAUAUAUAUAUAUAUGUAUAUAUUAGUUAUUAAUUUGUGCCAUUCGGAAAAUAACAAUCAAGCACGGUUAUUCUGUACAAGACUUCUCAUAAGCGAAGUCAAUCAGUUUGCUGUCCAGGCAGUGCUACUGUAAACACAACUGGAAUUGGUGGGACUAUUGAUUGACUGUGUUUCGUCGCUCUAAUUACUGACGCUAGUGGCUCACGAAACGACACGAUAACAGCAGACUGAAUUUGUCUCACGGCUCUACUAUAGCAACCAGCAAGCUGGGGAAACUGAGUCUCAUAUCACCAAAAGUCAAUUCGCAUCCUUCCUGCCUCGAAAACUAAAAUCUAAAAGUGGACCUUUUAGCGUUGUUGGUGUUUUUAUGUGGGCAAGCAACUCCUAGCCUAAUUACUUGGCUAGUACAGAACUAUUCAACGAUUUCAUUACAUAGUUAGUUCAAUUCUUCGAUGCUUUCGAGUGCUAUGGGGCCUUUGUUUUAUUUUCUCUUCGCUCAUCCGAAAAUCCUAAUUUUAUCAUUUUGUAGGUGAUCGAAGUCAUUUUUUAUUUUUUUGUUUAUUUUUUUUUGUUUUUUGUUAACUGUAUCGAAGGAAAAAAAAUGUUUAAAUUAAAAACCUCUGUACUAAAACGUGUGUUAUUAUUAUUAUUUUCUCCUACGUCGUAAACGAAUUUAAGAAAUUUUACUCACGUUUUACUCGAUAAAUGAAAUCUUUUAUGGCAGCUUGGUUGAAACUAAUUCUAUCUGACUCAGAUCGGAAUCUUUCAAUGGAGCAAAGAAAUCAUAACGUACUGUAUCAGACAGUAUGUCUUUAGACAACAUGCUUUAAACGUUCUACUCUUUUACGGCUUUUCUAUUGAAUGUCAGUUGAAAAGCACUAUUGCUGAAUGGAAUAACGGUUUAGAAUCGUUAUACUCAAAAGAUCUUGUCGAAAAGAAUUAUC